AGUUUAGUGGGUGAGUAAUUCGAAAUAAUUGUAUUGUCUAAAUGAGUUCGAUUUUCAUUCGAUUUGUGUGUUUAUUUUUAAAAGUUUGAAAAUAAUCAAAUUUCAUUCAUAUAUGAUUAUUAUUAAGAAAAAAAAGAACGAAUCAAAUUCCAUAUUCAUAUAUUGUUUGUCUUGGAUUUAAAUUCUAACUUUUGCUGUGGUCAUUUUUUUUAUCGAUCGAGAAAAGAAAAGGAAUUUAGAGAAAAGAAGAAAUAAAUAAAACCAAAAGCAAAUCAAAUUAAAAAAUGGAUCGAUCAUCAUUGCAAUUGACUCAAAAUCUUGUCACUUUUGUUGAUCGUUAUUCAUAUUCAUAUAAAUAUUAUAAUGAUGAUAAUGAUAAACCAUCGAUUGUUGUACGUCGUGGCCGAUCCAAUAAACAGCCAUUAAAACAAUUAUCAUCAUCAAUCAAUAAUUGUAACAACAAGAGCAAUGAAAAUUGCAUCAUUUGUUUUGAUGAAUUUAUUCCAAAUACAAAUGUUAGACGAUUACCAUGUAUGCAUUUAUUUCAUGAAAAAUGCAUCAUACAAUGGUUUGAAAAUUCCGUAUCAGUUAAUUUUCUAUUUUCCUGUCCUAUUUGCCGUUUAACCAUACAUUGGCGUGAUCAAAUGAGUAAAAAAUGGUCAAUACCGGAACAUUUGUUGGAAUUGGAAAAACCUGGUACCAUACAGCGAAUAACAAAUGAUUCAAAUAAUGAUGAUGAUACGGCCAAUAAUAAUAAUAAUAAUAAUCGUAACAUUAAACGACGUCGAAAUAAUCGAACAAAUGUCAAUCGAAAUUUACGUAAUGAUACAGAUUCUAAUAUGAUAAUAGUGGCAACUACUAGCACUACUACUACUAGUACUACUACUACUGUCUACCAAUAUGAUGGUAAACUCAUCACCGGUAUCUUCACGAACUAGGCUACAAUUACGAUUACGUCGUCAUCAUCAAUUAUUGGCAAGAACCGUAAAUUAAUCAUCAUCAACAGCAGCAGUAGCAGUAGCUGUAACUUUUUCCGUUUUUCGAUUUUAAAAUCGUAUUUAAUCACCACCACCACCUAGCCACCCACCAUCAAUUGAUCAUUAACAAGAAUUUUUCAUUCUUUUUUCUUUCUAUUCAUUUUUCUAACAUUGAAAAAAUCUAUCAUUUGUUCAACUAUAUAUCAAACACAUACACACACACACACACACACACCGCUAAUAAGCUAAUCAAAAUUCUAGUGAUAAUGAUCUUUGAAUCAUUUUUUUUUUUGUUAAUGUUUAAUGUUUAAUAUCAAAGUCAAAGGAAAAGAGGGAAGGGGUGAUGUUUGAAAAAAAAAAAAUUUAUAAUGUAUAAUGCCAUAUUUCUGUUA